AUGCCCAUCAAAACCAAGUUCACAGAGAUGUUCGGUGUGGAGAAGCCCAUCAUGCAGGGCGGCAUGCAUCAUGUUGGUUUCGCUGUCAUGGCCGCUGCAGUAUCCAACGCCGGUGGACUCGGCACUAUCACUGCCCUCACUUUCAAGACACCAGAAAAACUGAGGGAAGAGAUAAAGAAAUGCAAGGCGUUGACGAACAAGCCGUUCGCUGUUAACAUGACAAUUCUACCAGCUUUGGUUCCACCUAAUUAUCAAGCAUUCGCUGAUGUAGUUGUCGAGGAGGGCGUCAAGGUUGUCGAGACGGCCGGCAGGAAUCCCGCGGACUUCAUAAAGUUUUUCAAGAAGCAUGACGUUAAGGUCAUUCAUAAGUGUACGUCAAUAAGGCACGCUCUGACCGCGGCUCGAGCCGGUGCUGAUAUGAUAUCCAUGGACGGCUUCGAGGCUGGCGGGCAUCCUGGAGAAGAUGAUGUUACCAAUUGGACGUUGUAUCCUCUAUCACUUCGAAAGCUGCCGAUUCCAUUCAUAGCGUCGGGGGCUUGUGGCACUGCUGAGCAUCUAGUUGCCGCAUUGGCCAUGGGAGCAGAGGGCAUGAACAUGGGCACUAGGUUUAUGGCCACUACGGAAGCUCCGAUACAGCCGGGGAUCAAAGACGCCCUUGUGAAGGCUGAUGAGAAGAGCACCACUCUCGUUUUGCGCACACUCAAGAACACUGAGAGAGUCUACGUCAACGAGACGUCAAGGAAGGCAGGCAGUCCUCAGCUGGUGCAAAGUAUAGAGAAGGAGAAGCCAGGAAAUAUCGAAGCGAUCCGUCCUUACAUAAAGGGCGACAACUAUAAGAAGAGUUUUCAAGAGACUGGGGACUCCACCGACAGUGUCUGGAGUUGUGGUCAGAUUAUUGGCCUCAUUGACGGAGUUCCCUCGUGCCAAGAGCUGCUAGAUACCAUCGUCUCAGAGGCGGAGGCAAUCAUCAAGGAGAGAUUGGGCGCCAGAGUGGUCCCGUCCUCCAAGUUGUAG